CCGCCGAUGCCUGGUCACACAGCGCUCACGUACUCCACUUGCUGCUUUAGAAAUUUAGAAAAUUCAUUUUUUACCAGAAUAUAAGCAGCAAAAAGAGCCGGAAUGAGCGAGGAAUUCAAACUGCCAAAGCGCUCCCGUAAGCGCACUCGGGAAGUGAAGCGCAAAGCCCGACCGGAGCUGGAUGGCGACAACGCAUGGGUAGCAAUGCGGUACAGCGAUAACUUCGAGCCCUUCUGGGACUUCACGGACAAUCUGGAGCGGAUCGAGGACUCGGAGGUGUCGUGCGAGGAGUUCAUCGAGCGCUUCGAGCGCCCCUACAAGCCGGUAGUAAUCCGCGGCUGCACCGAUGGCUGGUUGGCCUUGGAAAAAUGGACCAUGGCCCGCCUGGCAAAAAAAUACCGCAACCAGAAGUUCAAGUGCGGCGAAGACAACGAAGGCUAUAGCGUCAAGCUGAAAAUGAAAUACUACGUGGAAUAUAUGCAGUCCACGCGGGAUGACAGUCCGCUGUACAUUUUUGACAGUAGCUUCGGCGAACACCAUCGGAGAAGAAAGCUGCUGGACGACUAUGUGGUUCCCAAGUACUUUCGGGACGAUCUGUUUCAAUACUGCGGGGAGAGCCGACGGCCGCCGUACCGCUGGUUCGUUAUGGGACCUGCUCGAUCUGGGACCGGAAUCCACAUAGAUCCGCUGGGCACCAGUGCUUGGAACACCCUCAUUCGCGGUCACAAGCGGUGGUGCCUGUUUCCCACCCAAACACCCAAGGACAUGCUUAAAGUGACCAGUGCCAUGGGUGGAAAGCAAAGAGAUGAGGCCAUUACCUGGUUCAGCACUGUUUAUCCGCGCACCAAGCUCCCUAGCUGGCCGGAGCAGUUCCGGCCCAUAGAGGUUCUUCAGGGCGAGGGGGAAACGGUGUUUGUGCCUGGCGGCUGGUGGCAUGUGGUACUCAACCUGGACGACACAAUCGCCAUAACCCAGAACUUCAGCUCCCAGACCAAUUUUCCAUGUGUCUGGCACAAAACGGUUAGGGGGAGGCCGAAACUGUCUCGGAAGUGGCUGCGCGUGCUUCGCGAUCAGCGCCCGGAGCUCGCCCAGAUAGCCGAUAGUAUUAACAUAAACGAGAGCACCGGCUUUGCCUCGGACAGUUCGAGCAACUCAAGCUCCUCCUCGAGCAGCUCUUCCUCAUCGUCCGAGAGCGAGGAUGCGGCGUCGUCCGACGGCGAUUCCAAUACGGAUAGCGGUCAGGAGAGCCUAACCGCCAAAAAGAAGAAAAAGCGACGCAUGGCGGGCGGUGGCUCCGGCUCUAUGGGCGGCUCUAUGCGUUCCUGAUGUAGGGAGCGCAUCAAGCGCAGGGGCCUACUGAUGCGUCUCUUCCACCGGCAGCUAAUGCUGUGCCGGCGUCUGCGCCUCUGUCGCCGCAGCUAGCAGCGCUAACCACCACCUCCUAGCCGAAUGGCCGUUUCAAAGUUUUGUAAUAUUUUUCUACGUAAUAGCAGCAGUCCUCUUUAAAUGUGUAAAGCUCGCCCAUCAUAAAGCCUGCUCCCUGAUUUAAAUAAAUGCUCCAACGUGACUCAUUAGCAUAAAUCUUAAAUGCGACAAGAAUAAAUCCAAUAUAUUUGUAAAAA